AUGUCUUCUGCCCAACGCGUUUGGUUGAUUACUGGAUGUUCAGCGGGAUUUGGUCGCCGUUUGGUAUACUCUGCGCUGGCGCGGGGGGAUAAAGUCAUAGCCACGGCACGCUCUCUGGGCAAAAUAGAGGACCUUCCGGAGAACACCCUCGUUAAAGACAAAGCAGAGAACCUACGUCUCCUCGCACUCGACGUAACAGCGGGGUUCACAGCCAUCAAAGAGGUUAUCGACAAGGCAAACACAUUUUGGGGAAGAAUCGACGUGCUGGUUAAUAACGCAGGGUAUGGCGUACCAGCCAUCCUCGAGGAAGGGGGUGUCGAGAGCAUCAAGCUUCAAUUCGCGACGAACUUGUACGGGCCGAUUGAUGUUAUCAACGCCGCGCUUCCACACAUGCGCGCCCUCAAGUCUGGGACAAUCGUGAACGUUGGGAGCAGAUCUGCCUGGAAGACCGAGCUCCCCGGAAUUGGGCCGUAUUCGGCCUCGAAGGCUGCCCUCCAUGCGCUUACUGAGACGCUGGCCAUCGAACUCGCUCAAUUCAACAUUAAGGUUCUGCUCGUUGCGCCAGGAGCCUUCAAGACGGAAGGCGCCUACAAUUAUCCAUGGGAUAACCCUAAUCCCCUACCAGCGUACGAUAACAUUCGUACGGCGUCAUUGGAGAAAAUGGGAUCCAUCCGAGAUGCGAUUAAAGGUGAUCCGCAGAAAGCCAUGGAGGUAGUUGUGGACGUGGUACGAGGCGAAGGGGUGGCAAAAGGCAGGGAAUGGCCAACAUACUUGAUCCUGGGAGAGGAUGCUGAGGUGGAUAUUCGGAAUAAGAUUGGGAAGAUAGCCAAAGCACUGGAUGACUGGCAGGACGUUAUACGUAGUGUAAAUUUAUGA